AUGGCUCCCAGAAAAACCCCGGUGAAGAGUUCGGACAUUCAAGUGGGAGAUCUGAUCAUUGUGGAAAAGAACCAGAGGAUUCCCGCAGACUUGAUUUUUCUGAGAACUUCUGAGAAAAAUGGUUCCUGCUUCAUCCGCACUGAUCAGCUGGACGGGGAGACUGACUGGAAGCUCAAAGUGGCCGUCGGCUGCACCCAGAGGCUUCCUGCUGUCGGGGACCUUUUCUCCAUCAAAGCCUUCGUCUACGCCCAGAAACCCCAGCUGGACAUCCACAGUUUCGAGGGAAACUUCACGCGGGAGGACGCUGACCCUCAGGUCCACGAGAGCCUGAGCAUCGACAACACUCUGUGGGCCAGCACCGUGGUCGCCUCAGGCACCGUCAUCGGGGUCGUGAUCUACACCGGCAAAGAGACCAGGAGCGUUCUCAACACGUCCUACGCCAAGAACAAGGUGGGCCUCCUGGACCUGGAGCUGAACCGUCUGACCAAAGCCCUGUUCCUGGCGCAGGUGGUUCUGUCCGUGGUCAUGGUGGCGCUGCAGGGCUUCAGCGGGCCCUGGUUCAGGAACCUGUUCAGAUUCGUGGUGCUCUUCUCCUACAUCAUCCCCAUCAGUCUGCGUGUGAACCUGGACAUGGGGAAGGCGGCAUACGGCUGGAUGAUCAUGAAGGACCAGAACAUCCCCGGGACCGUGGUGAGGACCAGCACCAUCCCAGAGGAGCUCGGCCGACUGGUCUACCUCCUCACGGACAAGACAGGAACUCUGACGCAGAAUGAGAUGAUCUUUAAGCGUCUUCACCUGGGAACAGUGUCCUACGGCACCGACACCAUGGACGAGAUCCAGAGCCACAUCAUCCAGUCCUACGCUCUGGCCCCCCCGCAGCCCUCCAACAGCACCAGUGCAGCCACUCCGUCCCGGAAGCCGCAGUCAUCGGGUCCAAAAGUGAGAAAGUCUGUGAGCAGCAGGAUCCAUGAGGCUGUGAAGGCCAUUGCUCUGUGCCACAACGUCACCCCGGUCUACGAGAACCAGGUCCACGGGGAACCAGAGACCACCGAGGCCGACCAGGACUUCAGCGACGACAACCGCACCUACCAGGCCUCCAGUCCUGAUGAGGUGGCGCUGGUGCGGUGGACGGAGAGUGUGGGGCUGACGCUGGUGAACCGGGACCUGGGCUCGCUGCAGCUGAAGACUCCGUCCUCUCAGAUCCUGUCCUUCCACAUCCUGCAGAUCUUUCCCUUCACCUCCGAGAGCAAGAGGAUGGGCAUCAUCGUCCGGUGCCUCAGCAGUGGAGCAAGGUUUUAUAUCUGA